CAUAUAAGAGUAGGUUUGGAAAUAGGCGCUCGAAGGUUCUGAAAGCCAUCCUUCAAAGAAGACAAAAAGAAGUAAGUCAUGCGCCAUUUUUUCUUCUGUGCUUCGACAUUCGGUCAAACGUUUUCCGGAUCCUUUUCCAGUUAAGGCGUAAGCAUGGCGGACACAGCCAAGACGUCCAAGAAGGUGGCGCCGGCCGCCAAGAGCCCCAACAAGGCUACUUCAAAGUUGCCCGCCGUCCCUGAAACCGUGUUGAAACGCAGAAAGCGCCGUGAUGCGGCCAAGGCAUCCCUCGUCAAGGCUGCGUUGAAGGUCCGCGCCCAGCGUCUCCAAAAGAGGAAGGUUAUCUUCAAGCGUGCUGAGCUGUACCAAAAAGAAUACCUUAAGAAGGAGCGCGAUGAAAUCCGCUUGAGGAGAGCUACCGUGAAGAAGGGAGAUUUCUAUGUUCCCUCUGAGGCCAGGCUUGCCUUUGUUAUGCGUAUUCGGGGUGUCAACAAAGUUGCCCCUAAGGUCCGUAAAGUUCUUCAGCUGUUCAGGUUGAAGCAGAUCAACAAUGGAGUGUUUGUUUCUCUUAACAAAGCCACUGUCAACAUGCUCCGUAUCUGUGAACCUUACAUUACCUGGGGCUACCCCAAUCUGAAGAGCAUUAGGGAGCUUGUAUACAAACGAGGAUUUGCCAAAGUUAACCACCAGCGCAUCCCCAUCACCUCUAACGAAAUUAUUGAAAAGGCCCUGAAGAACAAGGACAUCAUCUGUGUUGAAGAUCUUAUCCACGAAAUCUUCACCGUAGGCAAGAAGUUCAAGUACGCCUCCAACUUCCUGUGGCCCUUCAAGCUGAACACCCCAACUGGUGGCUGGAGAAGGAAGAACAACCACUACGUCGACGGUGGUGAUUUUGGCAACAGGGAAGACAAGAUCAAUGAGCUCCUGAGGAGGAUGGUGUAAGCGUUACUGAUAAUAAAAAAAUUCUCUAC